AUGUGUACUAGGGUCACCACCUUUCUUCUUCUUCUUCUCUUAGUCAUUCCUAAUGUUAUUACUUCCAACCAAGAGGCCGACGUGGUCCAAAGUGCCCGAUUCGGGCUGUUACAGGCCAUGGACUUGGCUCGGGCCUCCUCGAUGCUUCUCAAGUCGGACCAUGGUUCGAGGGUUCGUGGUGUAGCUUUAGGUGACUGUGUGAAGCUUUAUGAAGAUGCUGAGCCACGGCUCGCACGCUUGGUUUCGAAUGAGACCUUCUUCAGCAGGGAUGAUGCGGUUACGUGGUUGAGUGCGGCGGUGGCGAGCCACCGGAGUUGUUUGGAUGGCUUGGAGGAGAAGGGGUGGUUGGUGGAAGCUCAAAAAGGUCAGAACUUGACUCUGUUGCUUAGGGAGGCUUUGGCAUUUUAUGGCACCAAAGAUAAUCCAAGGGGUAAGAGCAAGGGAGCACAAAGGCGACCAAAGUCCAACCCAAAUGGGACUCUUCUAGCAUCAUGGAACGCAGCAACCUCCAAGGCUAAUUUUGUAGUAGCUCAAGAUGGUUCUGGCAACUACAAGACCAUAAAUGAAGCAAUUUCAGCAGUUUCUAGAAUGGGUAAAAGUAGGCCAGAGAGAGUGAUUGUAUAUGUGAAAUAUGGGGUUUACAUUGAGAAAGUGGAGAUUGGGAGGGGAAUGAAGAACUUGAUGUUUGUGGGUGAUGGUAUGGGAAAGACAGUCAUCACUGGUAACAGAAACGUCCAAGAUGGUGCCAGCACUUUCAGCUCAACCACAUUUGGAGUGUCUGGUGAUGGCUUUUGGGCAAGGGACAUAACAUUUCAGAACACUGCAGGACCCCAUAAACAUCAGGCAGUGGCAGUUAUGGUGGCUUCUGACCUCUCGGUCUUUUAUCGCUGCAGCUUCGAAGGAUACCAAGACACUCUCUUAGUGCACUCACUACGACAAUUCUAUAGAGACUGUCACAUACAUGGUACUGUAGAUUUUAUAUUUGGUGACGCCACAGUGGUAUUUCAGAACUGUGACAUUCUCAUAAAAAGGCCAAUGGACCACCAAUCCAACAUGAUCACUGCACAGGGAAGAGUUGAUCCAAAUGAGAAUACUGGGAUUUCAAUUGUCAACUCUCGGGUCACACCUGCCCCGGAUUUUGCUUUUGUUAAAGGCGCAAUCAAGAGUUAUUUAGGGCGACCAUGGAAAAAAUACUCGAGGACAGUUUUUUUCAAGACAGAAAUGGAUGGAUUGAUUGAUCCAAAAGGGUGGACUGAAUGGAGUGGCAACUUUGCUCUUUCAACACUAUAUUAUGCAGAGUAUAUGAACUCUGGUACUGGAGCUUCAACCACCCGAAGGGUGAGAUGGCCUGGUUUUCAUGUGUUGAAUGAUCCUCAACAAGCUAGCCCAUUUUCAGUGAGGAAUUUCAUUCAGGGGGAGUCGUGGAUUUCGGCGACCGGAGUGCCAUUUUGGCCUGACAUUUAG